UAAUGGGCGAUGAUUCAUUUGAAACAGAAAUAUGGAUAAUAGUAUGCAUUCUAGUGUUUCUUUUGGCAGCAAUGAUUGCUUUUUUAAUUUUACAAAGAUUUAGAAGAAAAAAUAAAAGUAAAAAGCUUGAGGAAGAGAUACAUAAACUAUAAUAAUAUGUGAAUUCUUGUGACAGAAAGCUUGAUUGUCGAGGUGAUAAUAUUAAUACUUAACCUUAAUUAUAAAAUUAAUCAAGCUCAUUUACAAAAACUCAUCCAAUAGAUUAAUAGGAUUAAGAAGGUUAAACAAAAAAAAAUGGGAAAAUAUAUUAUGAUGAUAUGGAUAAGUUAGAGAGAGAAAUCAUAAAUUAAUAAUAAUCAUAUUCUCCAAAUAAUAAUGAAAAAGUAAACUAAGGAAAUUAGAAUGGAUAUAAGUUAUCUGUUGGAAUCAAAAAGAAAAAUCUAUAAAUUCAGAUUCCUUAAGAUUGA